UAUUAGAACAGUUUCGAAAGUAUAGCGCCAUAGUGUUGAACUGGAUCUUUACGACCAAAUAGAGAGUAUCUUACCAGGACGUGAACAUUAUAAUUUACAAGGGAAACAUCAUGUUGCAUAUCGUAUUGGUUGUUCUAGUAUUAUUACAUCAAACAAAUGGACAUGGGCGUUUGAUCGAUCCACCGUCCAGAGCGUCCAUGUUUAGAUUUGGAUAUAAUACCCCUCCGGAUUAUAAUGAUAAUCAAGGAAAUUGUGGUGGAAGAGAUAUACAGCAAAGGAAUAAUGAACAAUGUGGGGUUUGUGGCGAUCCCUGGGAUGCAGAAGUAAAGCCCCAUGAAGCAGGGGGUAUUUACGCAACGGGACAAAUCGUUCGAACCUACAAGACUGGAGCCCAUAUAACAGCCACUGUCGAGCUCACAGCAAAUCAUAUGGGAUAUUUUGAAUUCAGAAUAUGUGUUAAUAAUAACGUUACUAAACCAGCAACACAUGAGUGUUUGAAUAAACAUUUGCUUGAACUUGGAGAUAGACCUGGGAGCAAGUUUUACAUUGAUAAUCAAUCGGGCUACGAAAAAGUUUCUCUUAAGCUUCCUGAAGGUGUUGUCUGCACACAAUGUGUAUUUCAAUGGAAAUACCAUGCCGGUAAUAGCUGGGGAACUGAUCCUAACGGUAAAUCUUGUGUAGGAUGUGGACCACAAGAAGAAUUCUAUGCUUGUGCGGACAUUGCUAUUUCGCCGGGUAGUAUGGUUACAGAGUCCCCAACAGCCAGCACUACGGUAUCAACAGAAAUAAUGACAACCACGCAAGCCCAUAAAACUUCUUCAUUCGCACCAGUACAACCACCCCAAGGGUCUCCCAGCAAUACAAAUUGCCAUGCAAUCGGAGCUUUCGCAAACGACCAGGCUUAUAAUAACUGGUGUGUAGCAAAUUGCGCUCUUGGUACAUGCCCAGAUUAUCUGUGUAGCUGCGAUGAUGGCAGCGACGAUGAAGAUGUCCCUCACGUCCCUGAAUGUAACUCAUACGGCAUCUUUAAAUCUAACAGUAUGGACGAAUGGUGUAAAACGCAAUGUCAGGUUGGAUUCUGUCCAGAUACUCACUGCACAUGCGCAUAAAUAAGGUUUUGAACUGUUUGUUUGUGUUGUGUAUUUGUGUUAUGGUGGUCGUGGUCAUUUUCUUUAACUUUCAAUUCUAUUAUGUUAUGUGAAGUGUUAAUGUUUAAAUCACUGUGUUUUCGGUUUUGUCGCAUUUUUUCUUUUGUUUUCCAACUUUCUCUAUUACAAACUAUUCUUUUUAGCUCUUUGGCGGGGGGUAAAUGCCAACAGAAAAGUACAUAAAUAAAAAUUUGUAAAACCA